AUGGUCGUGCACGUCGGAGGUUUAGUGGCAGUCAUUAUUUUCUAUGUACUUAUUUUAUUAGUGGGAAUAUGGGCUGGUCGCAAACAAAAAUCGAGUGAAAAAGCACCAGAUACUGAAGAAAUUAUGCUGGCCGGAAGAAACAUUGGAUUGUUAGUGGGUAUAUUUACAAUGACAGCCACGUGGGUUGGUGGCGCAUAUAUCAACGGUACUGCUGAAAUGGUAUUUUCAGCGGGAUUGUUGUCAACACAAGCGCCAUUGGGUUACGCGAUUAGUUUGAUAUGUGGAGGAUUACUGUUUGCACGACGAAUGCGGAGUGCCGGCUACGUUACAAUGUUAGAUCCAUUUCAGCGAAAAUAUGGAGGUAGAAUGGGUGGUUUACUUUUUAUUCCUGCCUUGAUGGGAGAAGUAUUUUGGUCGGCAGCGAUUCUGUCAGCAUUAGGUGCCACUAUUAGUGUUAUAUUCACGGAUGUUUCACAAACAGCCUCAGUUCUCAUCUCAGCUGCCGUUGUUGUAUUUUACACAUUAUUCGGUGGAUUAUAUUCAGUGGCUUAUACGGAUGUUGUACAAUUAUUUUUUAUUUUUGCUGGAUUGGUAGGUUAUAAUUCAGUCAACUUACGAGGGAAGGCCACCAACUGCCCCAUCGCUUUUGGCUUAAAACCUAGUGGACAAUAGGUAAUCGACCAUGCUAAUGCCGAAUACGAUAGCCGUUUUCCCCCGCAGGCGUUUUUUAGUCGGUCUCUGGAAAACCAGUUUUCCAGAGACCGACUAAAAAACGC